AUGCCCAACGCCGACCGCAACGUCUGCGUCGACAGCGCCAUCGCCCUCUCACUCGACGCCAAGUCGGAGAAGGCCAUGGAGCUCGAGGCGCUCAGCGCCUCCGUCGUCGAGCGUGAGCCCGGCUCCGGCCCGGACGGCGUCGCAGCCGCUCACGAGAAGUCAAAGUGCGACACCCUCUGCCUGGUGCCGCCCGCCCGGCCUGACAAGCUCGCGGCAUGCACCGAGCUUGUCGAGAGCCGCGCGCGCCGCAGGCUGCGUCAACAACGCACUCCUCAUCAGCUCGGCCUGCGUCGACUACGUCGAGCGCGAGACGCAGCCGCGGCUGUGCGAAUUUAUCGAUCUCGAGGCCAUGGCUUUGACGACAGGCACCGCGGCCAGACGAUGGCGGUGACGGGCCGCAUGUUGGCCAGCGGCAAGGAGCUCACGGCGGCGGCCAGCAAGGGUGUCGGCGUGGAGUUCCUGGUGCGCGAGGGCAAGACCAACUACAUCGCCACGAUGGCCUUCCAAGACGUCACCGGAAACCAUCCAACGGAGCCCGAUACCUUCUUUGGGCUGUACGCUGGCGAGCCACGGCCUCAGGGGGAGCGCCGGGUUUCAUCCAAGCCGAAAGGGUCGCUCCUUCGCAGGGUCUUGGAAACACGCGACGCCUUGCUAGGGUAUAUGGGAGGCUUUUUGGCGUUCUGGUCAGCACCAUUGAGCGUGGCGCUCUGUAAAAGACGAGAGUGGUGGAAAAGCACUAGCAGGAUCGUAGCAGUUUAA